GCGGAAGGCAGAGCUGAUUUCCAUUGAUUUGACUGCAGUCCUGUCUGUGUGGUGAGAACUGUCUGGCUGACCUCCAGCAGAGGGAGCUGUAACACAGAGCUUCCUGUCUCUUUGAACUCUAAUUGUCCGAGAUGACCGAGGUGAUGAACACCUGCGAUUCCUGCAGUGAAGACACAACAUCUUUCCAGGUGUUCCCCGAUUGUGUGGAGCGUUUCCCCAAACUUUCCAGGCAUCUCCCCUCUAUUGUGGUUGAGCCAACGGAUGGGGGAGAUGUGGAGAGUGGAGAGCUGCGCUGGCCUCCUGAGGAUGUCAGCAGUGAUGUCACAGAGGGACACUCCCAGGUGUCAGGUGCGCCUGUGGAGAAUGCAGAGUCAGAGCUGCAGAUAAAGAGUUAGUGAAGCAGUUAUUCUUGACAAAUCAGUUUGGAGCUGACAAGAAGACCAGGACAGACUGAACCAAGCCAAGCCCAGAGGAGCAGAAGCCCGACACAUGAAGCUGCUUUUACAAACAGGCCCUGAAUUAAGCCACGUUUGUUUGUGUUGAUGCUAGUGAUCCACACACAACAACGUCAUCACAAGCAGUAGUGAGGCGAGAAGUGACACACACUGUAUGUUAUGAUGUUCGCAAUGAAGAAGGGACAUGUUGGGUUUCUUGUGCAAAGUCAGGGGAAGCAACAUGGUAAAGCAUUAGACGGGUUCCCUGACCUGUCUGAUGUACAGUAUGCGUCAUGUAAGAGUAUCAUUUCCACUGUACUGAAAGAAUCAUCACUUAACAUCUGCUGGUCAAGACUCUCUGUCGUCCAGGUGAAUAGCACUGACUCAGCUUUGAGCAAAAGUCUGGCUGGAGGCGAGUGAAAGAACAGCAGCAGAGCUGGAACGUCCAACAUUCCACAUUACAACAAAACUGAUUCCAGAUUUACAACGCUGCUUCCUGUGACUGGGCAUAAGAAAGUUAUGAGAAAUAAAAAGAUUUAACUCUCUUUAAUCAAACCAACCGGAGCACAUCAGGUGAGUCAAUCAGUGUCCAUCUGAUUCAAACCUGUAAACCUGUUAAAAUAAA